AUGCCUACAAACGAGUCCGCUGAAAAUGUCAGUCUCUGUGUGUGCUCGAGAUACAACUUCGGGAGGCCACAUAGCGUGUCGACAGCAACUUGGCGCCGACAUCUACAAGAGGCUCCAGAAGAUGAGAGAGAGAGUAUUCGUCUGCGCAGAGCGCUACCAGAACACAUGUCCCUUCUUCCAGCUGACCAAAAUCUUCCACUAGACUCCGAGCCUGCAGCACACCGUGUCCCUGAUCCUCCUGGUGCUCUGUCUACCAGUAGUGCUCGUCGUACUGCUGCAUUGCGGGAACUUGCUAAGCGCGCACGAGUUGAUGAGAGUAACAAUCAUGCUGUCGGACGUCGCAAAUGUGCUCGGAAUUCUGAGCCAUCCACCUCCAACGUUAACAAAAACAAUAACACAGACAACGAUUUUGAGAUGGAUGACAAUCUGUCAUAUUACAGUACUAUGAUGAUCAAAACCACCCUCCGGAGCCAGAUGCACCUGAGCAUAGACCUCCCCCAGUGCCGGAUGAACUGA